AUGGCGCACGGCUACCACCUGAGAAGUAGGAGGAGGAGGAGGAGAUUGGACCCCAAACUAGAAGAAACAAAGCUUCCCUUUGAAAUCAUUAUUGAGAUUCUGAGCUGGUUGCCGGUAGAGGCAUUACUCCGGUUCAAGUGCGUCAGCAAAACAUGGUGCUCUUUGAUUGAAGAAUACAACUUCAUUUUAAAGCACAUGAAACGGGUCAGUCCUAUCCAUCUACAGUUUCGACUUAAAAGCGAAAGGAACCAUGUAGCCCCUUACUUUGAUUCAAAUUACGAGGGCAUGGGACGUGUUGCUGGGAUGUUUCUGGAGAAGCAUAUUACUACUCACCUUUGCCGCAUCAGAAAUCCGGCAACCCGCCGAGUACUCAACUUGCCUGAAGCUCAUAAGGGUGCGAGAAGAAUGUCAUCUGCUUUCAAUUUAUCGACUGGUGAGAUCAAAGUGGUAACUUUAUAUGUCGAGAACAAUGAAUUAGGGUUUCAAAUUAUGACCGUUGGGAAAGAUGAGAAGUGGAGACCCUGGAAGCACCCAAAUCAGGGUUUGCUUAAGGAACAAGGCAGAAGGAUAGUGAGAUGUAAUUUUUUUGCAGCUGAAAAGAUGAAUGGUAGGGUUUGUUAUUCUGCUGAGUUUAUGAAAAGAGAUGGCCAAGAUCUGUCAAUAUUAGAAGUCCAACGCCUUGAUCUGGUGGAUGAGUCUGUCUUAACAGCAACCCUACCUCAGGGAGUUUUUCCCGAUUUGAACAAAGUUUGCGUCAUCAAUUGGAACAAGCAUGUGGCUGUGGUUGAGAUAGUAAAUGCCACCCUUCAUGCCUUGGUGUGUGAAGACUCCAAGGAGAACAAAUGGAGCCCGAAAAAGAUCGUUGUUCCGUUGAAGUUCAUGGAGAAAAUAUUUCCACCUCUUCAGGAAGGUCGAGAUGUGAUCAUUCCGGUGAAUGUUGAUGGUGAUGACUUCAGUUUCUAUUGUUUUCAGGGAGAACAGUCUUUUGUGUACAACACGAAGAUGCAGAAGGCUAAGUACUUAUACUCUGGUGUGGAUCGUUGGACUGCUCAUAGGCCAAGCUUGAUGGGUUUUAAGGGAAUGAGGCUGGAAGAGGAAGCAACUACAAGUGCAGCCAAGAUUGAGGAGUAA